AUGGCUUCUGAGAAUACUGGUGCAGUUAAAACCCCGAUCAUUCUACUCAAUCCAGCCAGCAACCCUGCAGGACGACCAAAGGAGAAGAAAGCAACAAAAAAAGCCAAGGCGCGCAAAGAGCUUCAAGAAACCAAGACCCUUUCGAAGCAGUUGACAACUGUUGGCGACAUAACACUUACAACGCUUCGUGAAUAUGUUGACCAAAAAAAGUUGUCUCUCGCGUCAAUCGACCCAGUCUUUUCGGCUAUUCGCCCGAUGUUUGGAGGGGCCAUAUAUAAACGGCCAAAGGCACGCUUGAAAAGACGUGGAGAAGAGCUGCAAGUUGAAACCAACAUUCGCGCAUACCGUCGUCAUUAUGGCCGCAAGUUCUUUCGGUCAAAUCACUUGAAGACUUGCGAGAUGAACGAUCAACGUUUCAUUUUGAACCCGUUCGGGGAGCUCACGCUCACCGCUGAAGACCGCGCCAGGCUCGUGGAGAUCACCGAUGAGAUCAUCAUGGCCAAGUUCGAGGAGUACGAAGAGCACCUCAACAUCGGCAAGCAGGUGGACCUCAAACGUUGGAAGAAAUUCGCCAAGUCGGGACCUACGACGACGUAUCUGGAGCGCAAGUCUUCGACUCCGAAUACUAAACUCCCCCAGCUGCUGAUGGUCGGGCCACUCCCUGGCACACUCGACGAGAACAUGUUUGGCAUCGUCAACCCGACGAUCGAGUCUAUGAGGAUCAAGUCAUCGUAUUUGAGUGACUUCAACGCUGCGGCUGUACUCGCCACGGUAGUUGAGCCCACUGUAGACGACCCGUUCCGAUCGGUGGUCGUCAAGUGGAUGGAGAUCGACAUCCCACUUGCGUCAAUUGGGCUCGUGCGCAAUCGGGACUAUGUCUACGUCGAGAGUACCGGUAUCCUUCAUCUUCAAAACGGUGAGCGUGUGGGCUACCACUUGUUCCACUCUGUAAACUUUCAAGAAGUCCACGAGUUACCGAACCGAGUACGUGGUAACAUGUCGUUCUGCGGUAUUUUCCACCAAGAGGGUCCGGAUAGAACGGACUGUCGCGGAACUGGUAUCAUGGACCCUGGUGGUGACAUGAUCCGGGCCAUGGCUGUCAUGGGCAUGGUACAAGCCACAAUGGCUGGCUUAAAGUACUCCUACUGUGGUCAGAUGAAGAAGUUAACGUGGUUACUGGAGCAGAAGCAAGGAGAAGCUCGUGAGAGAGGUACACCAGCCUUCAAGCCGUUCUGUGUGACGUGUAUGAAAGGAGUCAAAGCGUCGAGACUGGGUGGCGGAGUUGCAACUUGCAAGCUUUGCUUUGGAGCUGUGUGCAGCUCGUGCAAGAUUUCCAAGAAGCUGAGCUUUAUUGCCCCAGAUUUGAGUCUAACCCAGCGCAAGGUCACAUUUUGCGUCAAGUGCGUGGUCGAGGCGACACAAAUGGAUACACAAGAGGCGGCUCGAGAGCAAUUCGUAUUCAGGAAAAACGCCUCACCCCCGAUGUACGGAAUGUCUGUUGCGUCUGAUAUGAGUACAUGCUCGGAGAGCACGAUGACCUCGGUCACCGGGUAUUCUGGUCAUUCUGGCUAG